GCACAUCCCAAAUCACGUGACUUGGCGGCAGGACAAUGGCUGAAGAAGUCAUUCUAGAGAAAGGUUCCUCUUUCAUGGAGCCUUUUAAAGGCGUCUUGUUGGCGUAUUUGAUACCAGAAUUAUGCUACGAUGAGCUUUUUCUCAAUCUCAAUUUUCUACACGUACCAUGUUUAAAGAUUUUACUCAGCAAAGGCCUGGGGAUUGGCAUCAUCCUGGGUUCAGUGAUGGUGAAGCUGCCUCAGAUCUUGAAGAUGAUGGGUGCAAAGAGCGGCGAAGGCCUGAGCUUUCAGUCGGUGCUCCUCGAGCUGCUGGCCGUCACGGGAACGAUGGCCUACAGUAUCGCCAACAAGUUCCCCUUCAGCGCUUGGGGCGAGGCGCUCUUCCUCAUGCUACAGACUGUCACCAUCGGCUUCCUCAUUCAGCACUAUAGAGGGAGAGGUGGCAGAGGUUUCCUUUUUCUGAUCAUAUACUUUGGUCUGCUGGUCGCCGUGCUGUCACCAGUCACCCCCAAGUCAGUGGUGACCACCUUGCAGGCCUCCAACAUGCCUGCCAUCAUCGUCGGCAGGCUGAUUCAGGCAGCCACUAACUUCCGCAACGGCCACACGGGCCAGUUGUCGGCCAUUUCCAUCUUCCUGCUGUUCGCUGGAUCGCUGGCACGCAUCUUCACCUCGCUGCAGGAAACGGGCGACACCCUGAUGGCCUUUACCUAUGUCAUCUCCUCGGCCUGCAACGGGAUCCUCGCCCUGCAGGUUCUCUACUACUGGAACAGCUUGGCCGAGCGCAAGAAGAAGAAAAAGAAGAAGAAGAGAGAGUAGGCAAAUAAUCCAUCCCCAAUUACAGAGCAACACGCUCGCACUGUAAGGUAUCCAGGAAACUUGACCAGAAACACAGCAUGCCCCCCCUCCCAAAAAAAAAAGAAAUCAACAAAAUAACAUUCCUUCAAGUUGGAAAUGAAUUCUGAUUGUGAUCAUGAAUAAAAUUGUACAAAGUUUGAA